AUGGUAAUCAUCCUAAAGGACGGCGAGACCUCGCCGGCCCCUCAGCCAGGUCAGAUAUUCAUGCCACCCACAUCCCAAGCGGGCGGCGCCGCCGCCCCAGCGCCCUCGACCGCCUACCCCGUACCCCCACCCAAACCCACCGCCAUCGUCGGCAGCAAGGAGACCGGCGCCCACGACUCCGCGGCGGCGCCGCAGCCGGCGUCGCAGGAGCAGCAGCAGCAGCAGCAGCAGCAGCACGCGCCCUUCCCGCAGCCCAAGAUCCGCCUCGAGGUGCGCGACGUGCUGCACGAGGGCGCCCGGCGCUUCCUGUCCCUGGUCGACGCCUCGGCCCUGCUCCCGCGCGCCGUCGCCGACGUGCAGCGCAUCCUGUACGCGCACCCGGGCGACCGCGCCACGCACUGCCCGCCCACCCGCUCCGUCACCCUGGUGCUGCGCGACAUGGGCGGCGUCGCCUACACGACCGGCUCCGAGCUCGACAGCGAUCACAAGGAGAUACACUUUUCGCUGAGCUACAUCGCCGGCGUCGGCGGCGGCGGCGGCGACAAAGACAGCAGGAUCGCGCGCGAGAUCGACGGCGUCAUCACCCACGAGCUCGUCCACGCCUACCAGUGGGACGCCAAGGGCACCUGCCCAGGCGGACUGAUCGAGGGCAUCGCCGACUUCGUGCGCCUGCGCUGCGACCUGGGCCCGCCCCACUGGCGCAAGGAGCUUGACGGCAGUUGGGAUCGCGGUUAUCAGCACACCGCCUACUUCCUCGAUUAUCUGGAGCGUCGCUACGGAGAUGGUACCGUUCGUAAGAUAAACGAGAAGCUGAGGACGACCAAGUAUCGGGAGAAAGACUUUUGGACCGAGCUCCUAGGGCGACCUGUCGAACAACUUUAUGAGGACUAUGUGAAGAAGAGUAAAGAAGAUGAGAGCUAG